CAUCACUGCCUCAACAGCCACACUUUCGAGUCUUAUGAUUCACUACUGAAUGGCCUUCUGAUAGAAGACAGCACGGCGGCGUCUGCCUGCACGCGACGCCGUUGAUGCCUGUUGUUGUCCCUCCCUCGCCCCUUCCUUCACACCGCAGUCUAUGUUUCCCUUACAUUCAACAUGCCGAAGUCCUAUGUCUCUUUCCAGGAGCCCGCUGAAGACGAUGACCCUGAAUACCUCCACCCUCGCUCGGCUACAAUGCCACCUUCUCCGGAUGUCACACAUCGAAAGUCAUCGUUCCUCUCUGCAAGCGAUUUGAGAAGCCGGCUUCCGCAGUCGUUGAAUAUGACUUCCGGGUCAACAGAGACGAGCCAAUUACUCGGGGGUUCUCAACACCUCGUCCGCAGGUAUACGGACAACAGUAUGGUGGAGGACAGCUAUUCGAGACAAUUGUCAAGGGUAAACAGUGCGAGUGGUAGUCUACGGAGACGCAGAUUCCACAGUGCUCUUCCAUCCGGUCAAGUCAGUCCUACAUGGGUGCGAAGCUCUGGCUUACGGACACCAAAAUUGUCUCAGUCGUUGAUGGGCUCCAUGUCGAAAGAUGACCGCCUAUGGUACGACCAGUUUACCUCCACCGAUUGGGUUCAUGACAGUAUCGCGGACGGUUAUCGAGUCCUUGAGAUGAGAAAGAAGAAAGGACUUCGAGGUCGGCUUAUGCUCCUGUUUGACUCCUCUCAGGGAUGGAUCCUUGUUGCUCUUAUUGGCAUUGCCACUGCAGGUAUAGCAUACUUUGUGGAUGUCACCGAGUCCGCGAUUUUCGAUAUCAAACGUGGAUUUUGUCGAGAUGCCUGGUAUCUUGGAAGGGUCAAUUGCUGCUCCGGGGAACACUCCUGCGACAGGUGGCGGACGUGGUCCCAACUCAUUCGGCCAUCGGGUCUUAAUGAGGAUUCUAUCGAUCUCAUCGCCUUUGUCCUCGGAUGUGUCGCCCUUGCUACACUCUCCUGCUUUUUCACGCUCUAUUCGAAGACUGUAGUGCCCUCUACCAUUGCUUCCACAUUUGACGAGGACCUGAGCGCCAAGAAAACGACGUACAACAAAGACAACGAGGAGGCUAACAAGGCUGGCGAGCAAUCUCUGAAUAAUGAGGAAUCGGGACCGCCGAAUGUCUACUAUUCCGCCGCUGGAAGUGGUGUUGCAGAAGUCAAGGUCAUAUUGAGCGGCUUCGUUCUGCACGGGUACCUUGGCCUGCGUGUCCUGCUGAUCAAGACUGUCGCUCUCAUCCUGAGUGUCGCCUCAGGCAUGAGUCUUGGGAAGGAAGGCCCCUACGUCCAUAUUGCCACAUGUGUUGGCAACAUCGCUUGCCGUCUGUUCCCCAAGUACAACCUCAACGACGGUAAGAGAAGGGAAGUCCUCUCUGCGAGUGCUGCCAGCGGCGUUGCUGUUGCGUUCGGUUCUCCUUUGGGCGGAGUUCUUUUCAGUCUUGAGGAGGUCAGUUACUACUUCCCACCAAAGACCUUGUUUCGCACCUUUUUCUGUUGCAUUGUUGCGGCUCUUUCACUAAAGUUCCUAAAUCCGUACGGCACGAACAAAAUCGUCUUGUUCGAGGUGCGGUAUGUCACAGAUUGGCAAUUUUUCGAGCUCUUCAAUUUUGUGCUCCUGGGCAUCUUUGGUGGGCUGGCAGGCGCUCUCUUCAUCAAAGCCUCUCGUUUUUGGGCAACUACGUUCCGCCGAAUCAAUUUCAUCAAGACUUAUCCAAUGCUAGAAGUCAUGCUAGUGGCGCUCGUCACCGGACUUAUCAGCUUUUGGAAUCGAUACACCCGACUCGCUGUCACGGAGUUGCUCUUCGAGCUUGCAAGUCCUUGCAAUAAGCAGACGGACACGGGGCUCUGUCCGAAGCAGGACGAAAUCUUGUCAGUCUGCCGUUACCUUGGCACUGCCUUCGUGAUCAAAGCGUUUCUUACCAUAAUCACGUUUGGCAUCAAGGUGCCUGCCGGUAUAUAUGUACCUUCGAUGGUGGUCGGCGGGCUCCUUGGGAGGACGAUGGGUCACUUCGUUCAAUAUAUCGUGCUGCAAACUCCAGAUUUCUUCUUGUGGGGCGGAUGCUAUGACUCUGGAGACAUGGAAUCCUGUGUUACACCUGGCGUGUACGCCUUGGUGGCUGCAGGUGCGACAAUGUGUGGAGUAACCCGCUUAUCGGUCACACUCGCAGUCAUACUGUUCGAACUCACUGGCAGCCUGGACCAUGUAUUGCCCUUUUCUCUAGGCGUCCUGUGUGCCAAGUGGACCGCAGAUGCCGUUGAGCCUCACAGCAUUUACGACCUCUUGACAGACAUGAACUCCUAUCCGUUUCUGGACAACAGGAACAAUCCUGUCUUUGACUCGGAACUGGGUGACAUUACUCCACGAUUCCGCCGAGACAAAGUGAUUGACAUCAGCCUAUCAUCACUGGUCAAAGCAACAGAUCUACGAGUCAAACUUCAACGAUUACAAGACCUUGGGCAGCUCGAUGGUGGUCUGCCUAUCCUCAAAGACAGGGUUCUAGUGGGCCUCAUCCCAGCACCAGAUCUCGAGUUCGCGCUGGACAGAAUUGAGGACGAGGAUAAAGCGGUUUGCAUGCUCUCCCUCGAUAACCAUCUUCACAACAACCAUCAUCGAUACUGGGGAGCAUCGGACGAGAGGGGUUAUGAAUCUGGCCGCGAGUCUGAUGGGGAAGAAUCAGUAACCCAGAACCCGGUCGACCUGACACCAUUCAUUGACCCUGCGCCUAUUGCUCUGGACAUGCAUUCCCCCAUGGACUUGGUCUAUCAGUGUUUCGUUAAGCUGGGCUUGAGGUAUAUCUGUGUAUUAAACGAGGGGGAGUUUCGAGGGAUGGUACACAAGAAAGCCUUCGUGAGAUACGUCAAGACUUUGGAACAUUCGAAUCAAAUCUAGCGACUAUCAUGAAAAUAUGCAUGAUUGAGGUGGUCAUGGACUGGUACGCCGGAAUAACCGUCAGGCAUACAGCAAAGAUGGCAAGAUCGUCAAUAUUGAAGCUUCGUGACCACAUGGGGACAUCCAUAUAUGAGGUGUGACGGGCAGUGCGUCCACUUCAUCAACAGAGAGACAUGGAAACCUAAUGCAGGUUUUCAUAUCGAUGAGCAUGUUUUAACCCUUCGUGGACACUCUCUGGCGGAAAUACGACUAUGCAAUGUUUGCAUGUCGUGAUGAGUUCACUUCCCUUAGGCACGAGAUUGCAUAGCAAGAGGAUACACAGGCUGCAUAA